AAGCAGCACAGGAAGCACAAAUAUGUGAAGAAAAAAAGCCAUGAAUGAGCCUCCAACAACAGCCAAGGUGGUAAUAGAGACCAGUAGAGGGCUGCUAGAGAUAGAACUAUGGGCUAAGGAGACACCGAUCAAUUGCCAGAGCUUUCUUGAGGAUUGUUUGAAUGGAAGAUUUGACAAUUUGCAAUUCAAUAAGAUUUAUAAGAAUAUACUAGUCGAAUUGAAUGAUAAUCUGAAGAAUAAUGAGAACAAGAAUAAAACUUAUAACGAGUUUCAUUCUCGGUUGAAAUUCAAUAGAAGAGGGUUAAUUGGGAUGUAUGGGAGGAAUUAUUUUACUGAUGGAGAUGAUAACAAUAAAAAUAAUUGUAAAUUUUUUAUAACAUUAGAUGCAUUGAGUAAGUUCAGUAAUAAAAAUAUUCUCAUUGGCAAAAUUGAAGGAGAAAGCAUAUAUAAUUUAGUUAAAAUUAGUGAGUCUGAAUUGAGAGAGGAUAAUGAAACACCAAUAUAUCCAACCAAAAUUAAAAAAGUUAAUAUAAUUCAGCCAUAUUUUGGUAGCUUGGAGAACAAUAUUAAAAAACGAAAAACUAUGGGCAAUAACAAUAGUAAUAAUACUAGUCAGAGAAAGAAAAAAAUUAAGUUGAAAUCCAAAAUCAAGAUAACUUAUGAUAUCGAAAAUGAAAACGAAAAUGAUGAUGAAUUGGCUAUUGGAAUUAAUAAAAAAGAGAAUAAAAUGAAGGACAAGUUUAAAAUGAAAUCUGCUCAUGAAACAUUGAAUGAUAAAACAUUAUCAAAAAAAAAAUUGAGUGUGAAACAAUUAAUUGAAGAAAAAAUCAAGACUGAAAAUGACAACAGAAAGAAUAGCGAACUUAUUGUUGCUGAUGAGAAUAUUACCCUAAAAAAUGAAAGUAGAAAAGAUAAUGACAAUGCCGAGAGUAUUAACAUUGAAAAUAAUAAUGAAAUAGUGGAAGCUAGUACAGACUCAACAUCUAUUUUAGAUGAUAAAAACGAUAAAGGGAAAGCAAAGAAAAGCAAGAAAAAAUUGAGGAAAACACUAGUAGAAUUAGAAAGGGAGAAAUAUCUUAAACAGCAGUCCAAACCGCUCACUAAUGAAGAGAUGCUUCAAAAAGUCACUGAUUUCAGUGCAAAACUCAAAGAAAAUCCUGCUGGUUCUGGUGAUUCUGGUGAUUCUGGUUCUGGCUCCAAAGAGAUGGGGUCUGGGGAAGAUGCGGAUUACGAACGCUUUUUUCACCACCGGUUGGUGUUCCGUUAGUGACCCGGAUUUUGCAUCAGGAAAACCGCAUUUGUCCGUGAUGAUCCGGCAUUAGUCAUCCAGCAUUAGUAAUUUUGUGUCAAUUUUAGGUGAGAAUUAGAAAUUGUCCGUAAACAGAUAAAAAUUACUCAGCUCAAGUUAUAAAACAAAAG